UAACAUCUCCCCCUUCCCCAUGAACCUUGUCUUCUUGCCCUCACCAUCUACUCUCCCUUCUCACCCCUCCCACUGCCAAUAUCAGAGCCGUCUUAUUCGCCUCCCCUGUCACCAACAGCAUCUCCAGCUUGCAAGCAUCGUGUAGAUAUUCCCAACUCCACGCAGCGCCGUCCGUCAUCAUGCACCGAACAUACUCUAUGCGCCAGAGCCGGGCGCCCACCGCCUCGCAGAUCCAGAACCCCCCACCUCCUCCGUCCUCCACGAAGGCGGGCCGUCUCUUUGGCAAGGGAACCUUUGGCCAUGCUCUGCGCAAGAACGCGGCAGGCGCCUUCGGGCCCGACCUCGCCAAGAAGCUCACUCAACUCGUUAAGAUGGAGAAGAACGUUAUGCGCAGCCUCGAGCAGGUAGCCAAGGAGCGCAUGGAUGUCGCUCAACAACUCUCCAUCUGGGGCGAGGCCGGCGACGAGGAUGUGUCGGACGUCACCGACAAGCUCGGUGUGCUCCUGUAUGAGAUUGGCGAGCUUGAGGACCAGUAUGUCGACCGCUACGACCAGUACCGGGUGACCAUCAAGAGCAUCCGCAACAUCGAGGCUUCCGUCCAGCCCAGCAGAGACCGAAAGCAAAAGAUCACCGACCAGAUCGCCCAGCUCAAGUACAAGGAGCCCAACUCCCCCAAGAUUGUCGUCCUCGAGCAGGAACUCGUUCGCGCCGAGGCCGAGUCGCUCGUGGCGGAGGCCCAGCUUUCCAACAUUACCCGCGAGAAGAUUAAGGCUGCCUACACAUACCAGUUUGACGCCCUGCGGGAGCACUGCGAGAAGGUUGCCAUUAUUGCUGGCUUCGGCAAGCACCUCCUGGAGCUAAUUGACGACUCCCCCGUCACCCCUGGCGAGACGAGGCCCGCUUACGACGGCUACGAGGCUAGCAAGGCUAUCAUUCAGGAUUGCGAGGACGCCCUUACCAAUUGGGUCACUUCCAAUGCUGCCGUCUCCUCCAAGUUGUCCACACGUGCGCGCACCCUGUCUACGAGACGCCGCAACAACAUCAAGAACCGAUCGGAGGGUCUCGACCUGUCGAACCAGGAUGCGCCCCUCAACGAUCGCGACUCGUGGGUUGCGGCUGGUGAUCACCGCGGCCACGAGUAUGACGACGAUGACGAUGAAGACGAGCGUGCUCAUUCGGCUCUCGACAGCGAUGGGGGCAUGAACGGCGACCACCGCGGCAGGCAACCCGAGAUUGCUGCGUGAAGGGGCUACGCGCGUGUGUACAGCCAUAAUGUUUAAUUUUCAUCUUUUUGGUGUAUUCGCCCUUUGUUGGUUGCGUUUUUGGAAUACCGGCGCAGUUCGUUUGUAUGCUGGGAUGGGCCUGAAUGGUGCUUACGAACGGCAGCUCUCUGUUUACGCGUACGCAAGUGUACUCUCGACCAGCAGAAUAAUCGAGUUUCUGCUGUUUCGAGUCUGUCACCCGAUUGUGUGCGGCAUAGCUGGUCGCCGAGGCCAUACUAUUCACAUCAUUCGCUACUAGAACCAAAAAAAUCAACUCGUAAUGUCGUAACUGGGCUGAUUGCACACUUGUGACACGGACACGACACUCUCUACAGAACAACUAGUUGCAUGUCCACUUCGUCGUACAUUACAUGUUGAAAAUGCGCAGACAAGAUCC